AUGCAUCAAGACUUGGAAAUCAAAACCCACGAUGGGACUACAAUCCGAGCUUGGUUCUACGCUGCAGGUCCCAAGGCGCCCGUGAUAAUCCUGUCGGCCGGGCUAUCUGGCGUCCAAGAACACUUCCUGCCGAGUUUUGCAGAAUCAUUCCAGAAAGCUGGCAUUGCUGCCGUAUCAUUCGACCAUAGGAACUGGGGACUGAGCGAUGGGCUUCCGCGUCAUCAUUCAAACCAUUACCAGCAAACCCAAGACACUCAUGAUGUCGUUGCGUACGUGUCAACAGAGCUCGACAUCGACCCCGAACGUAUUGCAAUCUGGGGGUCCAGCUUCUCGGGUGGUAUCGCGUUGAUUGCCGGAGCAGUUGACCCCAGGGUCAAGGUCGUCAUCACACAAGUUCCAUUCGUAUCCGGAAACCACCUACGAUCUCAAAUGCCUGCGCCUCUGCUUGCCCGAAUAUAUGAAGACCGAGCAGCGACGACGGAAUCGGAGCCCACCUAUAUUCCUGUUUUCCCAGAAGAGUACAAUGCAGCUCAACCUGAUCCAGCUGCGGCCAUGAUGGCGACAGAAGAGAGUUGGCAUUACUACCAACAUAUCAAGGAACUUGGUAUCGACAAGGAAAACCGAAUCACUAUGCAAACCCUGUUUCACGCAAUUCGAUCCGAACCGUCGGCCUUUGUGCCGUUUCUAAACAAGCCGCUAUUCAUGGCGAUCGCAUCCAACGAUUCCCUUAUCAGUCCAAGCAAACAGCAAGAGGUGUUUGAAACGGCUAAAGACCCAAAAGCGUUGGUGAGGUUUGAUAGCGGUCACUUUAGUUUAUACGAGGGGGCGUUGUUCGAAAAGAACAUUGCUGCUCAGAUCGACUUCUUACAUAACCAUUUAUAA